AUGACGAAAGCAAGCCCGUUGUACACCUUGACCCCUUUCUUGGAUGACCACGGAGUUGUUAGAAUGGGAAGUCGAAUCGAGGCAGCUCCAGAAGCCAGUUACUCUGCAAAAUACCCGAUCAUAUUAUCUAAACGUCAUCCCACUACGGCACUGCUGACGGAGGGUUUCCACCGACGAUACCUACAUGGAAAUAAUGAAACGGUCCACAAUGAAAUGAGACAGCAAUAUUACAUCUCCGGUCUGCGGGCCCUGAUUCGUAAGACCUCCCGAGGAUGUCAGGUAUGUAAGAUCAAAAAGGCGAUCCCUCAGCCUCCAAUCAUGGCUCCACUGCCCAGGGUUAGGCUCACACCGUUUGUGCGGGCCUUCACGUACGUUGGUGUUGACUAUUUCGGUCCGUUGGAGGUGAAGGUUGGGCGAAGCAUAGUGAAGAGAUGGGCAGCUCUAUUCACUUGUUUGACGGUUAGAGCUGUCCAUUUGGAGCUUACCCAUAGUCUCUCGGCGAAAUCGUGUAUUAUGGCCUUUCGCCGGUUUGUGGUCAGGCGAGGAGCCCCUCUCGAAGUAUAUUCGGACAAUGGGACCAAUUUCGUUGGGGCUAGCCGUCAACUGUCUGAGGAAUUGAAAACAAUUCAGGAUAUCAACUCGCAGUGUGCUUCGACCUUCACCAACACCUACACCACGUGGCAUUUCAACGCCCCCGCUGCUCCCCACAUGGGUGGGCCGUGGGAACGUUUAGUGAGGUCGGUGAAAACAGCGAUGAAGGCCAUCUUGGACUGUCCCCAGUACCUUAGCGACGAAGUUCUCGAAACUGUUCUGCUAGAAGCCGAAGGAAUAGUGAAUUCCCGACCACUUACAUACGUACCCUUGGAACAAGCCGACGACGAGGCCUUAACCCCGAAUCAUUUUCUUUUGUACGGGUCAACCGGGGUGAACCAGCCAGAAGGGCCAUUAUCAAUUGACGGAGAACAUCUACGAGAAGGACGAGCGUUAACACAGCGUAUUGUAAACGAUUUCUGGCGUAGGUGGGUACUUGAAUAUCUGCCCAUGCUCACAAGGCGCACCAAAUGGUUCGAAAAGGUAAAACCUCUUGAACCCGGUGAUCUAGUCGUAGUGAUCGAUGAGAAAGUAAGGAACAGUUGGACCAGGGGGCGCAUUCUGGACGUCGUGAAGGGAGCUGAUGGACAAGUACGGCGGGCAACAGUGCAAACCGCUAAAGGAAUUCUCUCCAGGGGUGCUGUGAAGCUCGCAUUGCUUGAUGUGAAGCCUGGAAGUACAUCGGUUACUGGAGACGAUCAUCCGGCUAAUGGGACAGCUCACGGGCGGGGGGAUGUUGCUGUGACUGGGCACACUGGUACGUGA